CACAAUUAUAAGUCAGUCCUUCUCCAACUCGUACGCAGUUACGCUCCCAUCGCUGCUCACUGUGCAUUUGCCUUUACAGAGAUAUGAGAGUUAUUUAAAGGUUAUAUUUUCCUGUCACGGAGUUUCCUGUCAAAACAAAGAUUCCGUCUGCUUCUUAAAUAUGUGUAAAAAAUUGUGAUAAAAAGAAAAAAAAUAUUUAUUCAAACAAUGGAGGACUCGGGAAAAAUUGUCAAAACGAUAAUUCACGCUGGAACCAAAGCAGUUCCAUUCGUUCCUGGAACAAAAGUUGUUUUUCAUUUUAAAACGACAAAGUGCAAUAAUGAGAAGACAGUCAUUGACGAUAGUAAAAAAAUGGGCAAUGCUAUGGAAUUGGUUUUGGGAAAGAAAUUCAAACUCGAAGUGUGGGAAGCAAUUGUACAAAAAAUGGCUCUCAAUGAAGUUGCUGCCUUUCGUGUCCAUAGCAGUCUAGUCACCUCAUAUCCAUUUAUAUCAAAAACAUUACGUGAAGUUGGCAAACCCGGAAAACGUAAUCAUCAUUGCUGUGGAGUCACAUUACAAAAUGAAGGAAUUGGUUAUGAUGAUUUAAAUGAACUUAUUAAAAAUCCCCAGGAUCUCGAAUUCACUAUUGAAUUAACGUCCGUAAUACCACCCAGUGAUUACGAGAAGGAAUCAUGGCAAUUAACAGAGGCGGAAAAAUUAAAAUCAAUUCCCGAUUUAAGAGAAAAGGGAAAUUGUUUAUUUAAGGGGAAAAAUUACGAGGCAGCCGCUGAGACUUAUGCAAAAGCAAUUUCAUAUUUAGAACAAUUAAUGUUAGCAGAAAAACCAAAUGACGAGGAAUGGAUUGAAUUGAACAAUAUGAAAAAUCCUUUACUUCUAAAUUUUGCCCAAUGCAAAUUAUUUCAAAAAGAAUAUUACGCUGCCAUUGAACAUUGCACAACGGUUUUAAAAUACGAGCCAAAAAAUGUGAAGGCAUUUUAUAGAAGAGGAAAGGCACACAUUGCCGUAUGGAAUGAAAAAGAAGCAACUGACGAUUUAAAUCGAGCAGUUGAAUUAGAUCCAUUAUUGAGGAAUGCAAUCGAAAAGGAAUUGCAAUUAUUUUCUGAUGCCAUCAAAGAAAAAGAAAAGCUCGAGAUGAAGAAACUAAGUCAAAUGUUCUGUAAAUAAUAGCCCUACAUUUUUCAUGUAAA